GUUAGAUCUCAAAGAGAAAUUUCAUAAAUAUUAAGUCAUGGCAACAAAGCUUCUACUACUUGGUCUACUCAUUAAUCUUCUCAUAGUCAAAGAUGCACAAUCCGUAGGCGUGUGCUAUGGCCGAAACGGCAACGAUUUGCCCUCAGAACGCGACGUGGUAAGCCUUUACCAAAACAAUGGUAUAACCAAGAUGCGGAUCUAUGAUCCACAUCAACUUACUCUUGAAGCACUCAGAGGAACCAAUAUCGAACUCAUGAUUGGCGUCCCUAACGACGCUCUUCAAUCGCUCAACGACCCAAAUGCCGCAAACACAUGGGUUCGAGACAACGUCCAAAACUACCCUGAUGUCAACUUUAAAUACAUAGCCGUCGGAAAUGAAGUUGACCCAAAUAACGAAAACAGUCAAUACGUUGGCUUCCUACUCCCCGCUAUACAAAAUGUUUAUAAUGCGGUUAGAGCCGCGAACCUAGGUGACCAGAUUAAGGUGUCCACCGCAACCUACACCGGACUUUUAGGGUCCUCGUCUCCACCAAGCAAUGGCGCGUUUAAAGACAACGUGCAAGGGUUUAUCGAACCGAUAAUAAGAUUUCUAGCACAAAACAACUUGCCAAUGCUUGCCAAUAUCUACCCCUACUUUAGUGACCCGGGCAGGAAUCUCCCAUACGCGUUGUUCACCGCGACACAACCGGUGGUGAAUGACAACGGCCGCCAAUAUUCCAACCUUUUUGACGCCAUCUUAGACGCUCAUUACGCGGCUCAAGCGCGACAUGGAGGAGAGAAUGUGGAGAUUGUUGUGUCCGAGAGCGGGUGGGCUUCGGCCGAAGGGGGUCUGGUCGCAACCGUGGAAAAUGCUGGAACUUAUUAUAGGAAUUUGAUUUCACAUGUUAAAGGGACAAAUGGAACACCAUUGAAGCCUGGAAGAUCUAUAGAAACUUAUUUGUUUGCAAUGUUUGAUGAAAAUAAUAAAGGUGGAUCACCGGAUGAGAAACAUUUUGGGCUUUUUACCCCAAAUCAACAACCAAAGUAUGGUCAACUAAGCUUCAAUUAGCACCACUCGAUCAACAUUGAUGAACAAAUCAAGUAUAUAAAAUAAAGGGUUGCCUUGUUAUGUUAUGUAUCUUGUAUCAAUAAAAACUUCAACUUAUUUUAAUAUUAAAUGCUCUUAAA